GUAUACAAACAUUAUGUUAAGCUGUAUCAUUUUAGGUGAAGAGAGCGCAUUUUCUGUCGAUUACAAUACAAGCAAGACCAUUGGGCAUCUCAAGGGAAUCAUCAAGGAGCAGGCAGGGUUGGUUGAUCUCGCAUACAAACUGAAAUUAUGGCAAGUUAAUAUUCAUGAAAGCGAGAAACGUGAGAUAUAUGAAGGAAUCAACAUCAAAGAAAAGUUUGAAGGUUCGAGUAAUGAGGUUCAGCAGGUUUCUGUAUCACAAUCGGAAUUCAAAUUAGUUUGCGAGAAUCAUCUAUUAUACGUGGACAAAACUUCUUGGCUGCAUGAUCUCUUUAAGGAUUUAUACAUCUAUCAACAUCCGCCAGAAAUUUAUGUUAAGAGUACAGUAAGGAAGUGGAAUGAAUCAGACUUGCCUCCAAUUCCUGUCAUCCGACUUGAUUUCUCCGAUUUAACCUCAAACGAAGGAUCAGAAAUGCUAAGAAAGGAACUUAUCCAAUUGCUAAAAUCUAUUGGGGAGUCAUAUGGUAUUACUCUAAAGCUUGAUAGUGUUAAAGGUAUCACUAAAGAACUAAUUAUAACACUUGCUAGUCAUGAAGAAAACAUGUAUGAGAAAGUGGUAAUUCUCAUAGAUGAGUAUGAUUCUCCAAUACUAAAUGUCUUUAACACAAUGAAAGAGAGUUUGAAAAUUGCAGAUGAAAACCGUGAGAUAUUGAAGGGCUUCUUCGAAAUAAUCAAAUCAUCGCAACAGAAAAUUUAA